UCGUACUUACAAUCAAAUGCAUCCUAAUAUUUUGAAUUUUAUUAACAUUUGGAAGGUUUCAAAUAGACCUUUUCUCACUUCAACGAGUUACCCCUCAAACGACUCAACCUAAAGAAAAAAGAUUACGUGACGUGACAACUAUACUUUGAAUUUGGUCCACUUGCAGACGACUGAAAAGUCCAUCUUCCACUGCCUUCGAAAUUUGACCACAGUCAAAGCACAUUUUCCAUCAGGCUCUGAAAUAUAAAUUCCAAAAGUUACAACCUUUCAAACCAUAAAUUUCAAGCAUUUCCCUCAAUGGAUUUCCAUCGCAACCUUAAACAAGAAAUGUACGCAAAGAACGUUUUCUCAUACGAUGAAUUUGAAGAAGAACAUGAAGAAGAUGACGACGUUUUCUACAGUGAACUUAGGAGACAAGUUAUGCUAUUAACAGCAGAAGAUAGUGAUGAUGAAGAAUUACGUGAAAACAGAAGUAGUCCAAACAUGAACGAGGCGCGAAAACACGGUUCAAUCCCUAUGACUUCUUCUGUAAAGCCACCUACCUGUUUUUAUAACUGGUCAGGGAAUAAGGAGGAUUAUGCAGCACCUGCAUGGAUAUUGAACUUGUGGAGAACCGGCAAUGGAACUGGUGUUUUCAUACCUCAAAUCGUCCGGAGCAGAAGAAAUAAACCGAGAAGGACGAAGAAGAACGAGAAAGGGAGAACAUAUAGGCAGAUAGAGAAGAAGAAUUGAUUAUUUGAUAUGUGAUUAUUUCAUUAAAACAUGUGAAAAUAUUGUAAAUAUGUAUUGGAUUGUUGAUCAUUACUACUGAUGAUUAAUAAGAUAGUUUCGAAUGUUCUAAUUUGAUUA